AUGAAAACUGAAGAGUCUGCAAAUGUGAAGCUCGAGCGUCAAGAAGCUAACAUAUCAGAGAACACAGUCUCUUCUGCAACAUCUGCAGAGUGGUGCCCAGAACAUCCACCAGAGGAUACUGUUCAACUUAAAACAGACACCAAAACGUUGUCUUCACAAACCCGCAGAAGAAGACAGCUUAAGGUGGAAUAUGUUAAAGAUGAAGUAAGACCGAUAAAAACAGAGCACUGGGAGCCUGCAGAAUGGAAAAAACAACUUGAACACAUAAGAGAGAUGAGGAGGGAUCGAGACGCACCUGUUGAUAACAUGGGAGCUGAGAAAUGCUAUGACCAUGAUGCCAAUCCACAGGUUAAGCGCUUUCAGGUGUUGGUGUCCCUAAUGCUUUCCAGUCAAACCAAAGACCAGGUGACAGCAGCAGCAAUGGAGCGACUACGAGCACACGGAUGCACAGUGGAAAAUAUUCUUGACACUGAUGACGAAACACUCGGAAAAUUAAUUUAUCCUGUUGGCUUUUGGAGGAGAAAAUUGAAGUAUCUGAAGCUGGCAUCAGCAUUGCUGCUGAAGGAGUUUGAUGGGGACGUUCCAAACACUGUCGAAGGCUUAGUCCGUUUGCCAGGAGUUGGACCAAAGAUGGCCCACCUCGCUAUGGACAUCGCAUGGGAUCAGGUUUCAGGCAUUGGGGUCGACACACAUGUGCAUCGUAUCUCAAAUAGAUUGGGUUGGCUUAGAAAUACUACCAAGAACCCGGAGGAGACGCGCAAGGCCCUGGAGGAGUGGUUGCCCAGGGAGUUGUGGAGUGAGAUCAACUGGUUGCUGGUUGGUUUUGGUCAGCAGGUCUGUUUACCAGUCAACCCACUCUGUUCCAUGUGUCUGAACCAGCACAACUGCCCCUCUGCUCACAAAGCAUCCCCAGUGAAGAGGCCCAAGUCCGGAUCUCCCAGCCCAAUCACCCGGAAAACAAAAACUGAACCUGGUAAAGUCGAGCCUUCAUCCCCUGUUGCCCUGUCUUUGAAGAAGAAGCCCCAAAAUAAGAAAAAUCGAAAUGAUCCUUAA